CCGCCGCCGCUCGGCCUGGCCGUGGCCGAGGAGCCGCUGCACCGACCAAAGAAAGAACUCUUCAACACCAAGAAAGACCGUGUGAAUCACUGUCUGACGAUAUGUGAAAACAUAGUGGCGCAGUCUCUCAGAAAUUCUCCAGAAUUUCAGAAACUUCUGGGCAUCGCUAUGGAACUCUUUCUGCUGUGCAGUGAUGAUGCGGAGUCUGAUGUCCGGAUGGUGGCCGAUGAAUGCCUCAACAAAGUUAUAAAAGCUUUGAUGGAUUCUAACCUCCCGAGGUUGCAGUUAGAGCUCUAUAAGGAAAUUAAAAAGAACGGUGCUCCUCGAAGUCUGCGCGCUGCCCUCUGGAGGUUUGCGGAGCUGGCUCACCUGGUUCGGCCGCAGAAAUGCAGGCCUUACCUGGUAAACCUGUUGCCUUGCCUGACUCGAAUAAGCAAGAGACCCGAGGAGUCUGUUCAGGAGACCUUGGCUGCAGCUAUACCCAAAAUUAUGGCUUCCUUUGGCAAUUUUGCAAACGACAAUGAAAUUAAGGUUCUGCUGAAGGCGUUUAUCGCGAACCUGAAGUCCGGCUCCCCGACUAUCCGGCGAACGGCUGCUGGGUCGGCGGUGAGCGUCUGCCAGCACUCCAGGAGGAUGCAGUACUUCUACAGCUGGCUGCUGAAUGUGCUCUUAGGCUUGCUGGUUCCUGUGGAGGACGAGCACCCCACCCUCCUCAUCCUGGGAGUGCUGCUCACCCUGAGGUACCUGGUGCCCUUGCUGCAGCAGCAGGUCAAGGACAUGAGCCUGAAAGGCAGCUUUGGGGUGACACGCAAAGAAAUGGAAGUCUCUCCUUCCACGGAGCAGCUUGUCCAGGUUUAUGAGCUGACUCUGCAUUACACGCAACACCCGGACCACAACGUUGUCACGGGGGCGCUGGAGCUGCUGCAGCAGAUUUUCAGGACCCCUCCCCCGGAGCUCCUCCAGGCUCUGACCACGGCAGGCGGCCUCGGGCGGCUCACUGCGGCCAGGGACGAGCCGAGCUGCAGGAGCCGCAGCGGGAGUAUCGUGGAGCUCAUAGCUGGAGGGGGUUCUUCAUGCAGCCCUGUCCUUUCAAGAAGACAAAAAGGUAAAGUGCUCCAAGGGGAGGAGGAAGGCUUGGAAGACGACUCUGAAUCGCGGUCGGACGUCAGCAGCUCCACCUUUGCAGCCUCUGUGAAGGGUGAGAUUACUGGUGAGUUGGCUGCUUCUUCGGGGGUUUCGACUCCUGGGUCUUCGAGCUCAGCUGCUGACUCCACAGGUCACGAUAUCAUCACUGAGCAGCCCCGGUCACAGCACACCCUGCAGUCGGACUCUGUGGCCCUGGCCAGCUGUGACCUGGCAAGUGCUGCCACCGAGGGGGACGAGGAGGACAUCCUGAGCCCCAGCUCCAGCCAGAUCAGCGCCAUCCCGUCCGACCCCGCCAUGGACUUAAACGAUGGGACCCAGGCCUCCUCCCCAAUCAGCGACAGCUCCCAGACCACCACCGAAGGGCCCGACUCGGCCGUGACCCCUUCAGACAGUUCUGAAAUUGUGUUAGAUGGCGCGGACAGCCAGUACUUGGGAAUGCAGACUGGACAGCUGCAGGACGACGACGAGGACGCAGCCGCCGCUCUUCCCGACGAGGCCACAGAUGCCUUCAGAAGCUCUCCUGUCGCCCUUCAGCAAGCGCAUUUACUGACGAACAUGGGGUACAGCAGGCAGUCUUCUGACAGCAGUGUGGAUAAAUUCACAUCAAGAGAGGAAGGUGCUGAGCCAGGUGAUCAGGAAAGCAAGCCUUGCAGAGUCAAAGGUGACGUAGGACAGUCUACUGAUGAUGAUGCUGCUCCUCUUGUCCACUGUGUCCGCCUUUUAUCAGCUUCGUUUCUGCUAACUGGGGAGAAAAAUGCACUGGUUCCAGAUCGGGAUGUGAGGGUGAGCGUGAAGGCGCUGGCGGUCAGCUGUGUCAGUGCAGCGGUGGCCCUUCAUCCUGAGUCCUUCUUCAGCAAACUUUACAAAGUACCUCUCGAUGCCACGGAAUAUCCCGAGGAGCAGUAUGUCUCGGACAUCUUGAACUACAUCGAUCAUGGAGACCCGCAGGUCCGAGGGGCCACUGCCAUCCUCUGUGGGACCCUUGUCUACUCCAUCCUCAGCCGAGCCCGCUUCCACGUGGGCGACUGGCUGGGCGCCCUGCGAAGCCUGACAGGAAAUACGUUUUCUCUGGCGGACUGCAUUCCUUUGCUGCAGAAAACCUUGAAAGACGAGUCUUCCGUUACUUGCAAGUUGGCUUGCUCAGCUGUGCGGCACUGCGUCACGAGCCUGUGCGGCAGCAGCUACAGUGACCUGGGGCUGCAGCUGAUCAUCGAUGUGCUUGCCCUGAGGAGCAGCUCCUACUGGCUGGUGAGGACGGAGCUUUUGGAAACCCUUGCAGAGAUUGACUUCAGGUUGGUGAGCUUCUUGGAGGCAAAAGCAGAAAACUUACACAGAGGGGCUCAUCAUUACACAGGGCUUUUAAAACUGCAAGAACGAGUGCUGAACGACGUUGCCAUCUAUUUGCUGGGAGAUGAAGACCCCAGGGUGCGGCAUGUUGCCGCAGCAUCACUGAUGAGGCUUGUCCCAAAGCUGUUCUAUAAGUGUGACCAAGGACAGGCGGAUCCAGUGGUGGCUGUGGCGAGAGAUCAGAGCAGCGUGUACCUGAAGCUCCUGAUGCAUGAGACGCAGCCUCCGUCUCACUUCUCCGUCAGCACCAUAACCAGGGUAUAUAGAGGCUAUAACUUAGUACCAAGCAUCACAGAUGUCACUCUGGAAAACAACCUUUCGAGGGUUAUUGCUGCGGUUUCCCACGAACUGAUCACGUCGACCACACGAGCGCUCACGUUUGGAUGCUGUGAAGCUUUGUGUCUUCUAUCAACUGCCUUUCCAGUCUGCGUUUGGAGUUUGGGUUGGCAUUGCGGAGUCCCCCCGCUGAGUGCCUCAGACGAGUCCAGGAAAAGCUGUACCGUGGGGAUGGCCACGAUGGUCCUCACCCUGCUCUCCUCAGCCUGGUUCCCCUUGGAUCUUUCCGCCCACCAGGAUGCCCUGACUUUAGCUGGGAACUUGCUUGCAGCCAGUGCUCCCAAAUCUCUGAGAAGCUCAUGGACCGCCGAAGAAGAAGCCAACCCAGCAGCCACCAAACAGGAAGAGGUCUGGCCAGCUCUCAGUGACCGAACCCUGGUGCCCAUGGUGGAACAGCUCUUCUCUCACCUGCUAAAGGUGAUCAAUAUCUGCGCUCACGUCCUGGACGAUGUGGCUCCUGGACCAGCAGUAAAGGCAGCCUUGCCUUCUCUGACCAACCCCCCUUCUCUAAGUCCAAUCCGACGGAAGGGAAAGGAGAAAGAAGCAGGAGAGCAGGCCUCGGCGCCAUUGAGCCCAAAGAAGGGCACAGAAGCUGGUCCAGCUUCUAGACAAUCUGAUACCUCAGGGCCUGUUACAACAAGUAAGUCCUCGUCACUAGGAAGUUUCUAUCACCUUCCUUCGUACCUCAAAUUGCAUGACGUCCUGAAGGCUACUCACGCCAACUACAAGGUCACCUUGGAUCUCCAGAACAGCAGUGAGAAGUUCGGGGGGUUUCUGCGCUCUGCCUUGGAUGUUCUUUCACAGAUUCUAGAACUGGCAACUCUGCAGGACAUUGGGAAGUGUGUUGAAGAGAUCCUCGGGUACCUGAAAUCCUGCUUUAAUCGAGAGCCGAUGAUGGCGACGGUCUGUGUUCAGCAGUUGUUGAAGACUCUCUUUGGGACAAACUUGGCGUCCCAGUUCGAUGGCUUGUCUUCCAACCCCAGCAAGUCUCAAGGCCGCGCCCAGCGCCUAGGCUCCUCCAGUGUGCGGCCUGGCCUGUACCAUUACUGCUUCAUGGCACCGUACACCCACUUCACCCAGGCCUUGGCGGAUGCCAGUCUCAGAAACAUGGUGCAGGCAGAGCAGGAGCCCGACGCUUCAGGGUGGUUCGAUGUGCUCCAGAAAGUGUCUUCCCAAUUGAAAACAAACCUCACAGGCGUCACAAAGAACCGUGCAGAUAAGAAUGCUAUUCAUAAUCACAUUCGCUUAUUUGAGCCGCUUGUUAUAAAAGCUUUAAAACAGUACACCACAACAACGUCUGUGCAAUUGCAGAAGCAGGUUUUAGACCUGCUGGCGCAGCUGGUUCAGUUACGGGUCAAUUACUGUCUUCUGGAUUCAGAUCAGGUGUUCAUUGGAUUUGUGCUAAAACAGUUUGAGUACAUCGAAGUGGGCCAGUUCAGGCAAUCGGAGGCGAUUAUUCCAAACAUCUUUUUCUUCUUGGUCUUACUGUCUUAUGAACGCUAUCACUCAAAGCAGAUCGUUGGGAUUCCCAAAAUCAUUCAGCUCUGUGAUGGCAUCAUGGCCAGUGGGAGGAAGGCCGUGACACAUGCCAUCCCGGCCCUACAGCCCAUCGUGCACGACCUCUUUGUGUUGAGAGGGACAAAUAAAGCCGACGCAGGGAAGGAGCUGGAGACCCAGAAGGAGGUGGUGGUGUCUAUGCUGCUGAGACUCAUCCAGUACCACCAGGUGCUGGAGAUGUUUAUCCUCGUCCUGCAGCAGUGCCACAAGGAGAACGAAGACAAGUGGAAGCGGCUGUCUCGACAGAUCGCGGACGUCAUCCUCCCGAUGCUGGCGAAACAGCAGAUGCACAUUGAUUCUCACGAAGCCCUUGGAGUGCUGAACACUUUAUUUGAAAUUCUGGCCCCCUCGUCCCUCCGUCCUGUGGACAUGCUCUUACGAAGCAUGUUCGUCACUCCAAGUACAAUGGCAUCUGUGAGCACCGUUCAGCUGUGGAUAUCGGGAAUCCUAGCCAUUUUGAGGGUUCUCAUUUCCCAGUCAACGGAAGACAUCGUUCUUUCUCGCAUUCAGGAGCUCUCCUUCUCCCCGUAUUUAAUCUCCUGUCCGGUAAUUAACAGGUUGAGAGAAGGGGGCAGUAAUUCAACACCGGAAGAACACAGUGAAGGGAGAGAAACGAAGAAUUUGCCAGAAGAAACCUUUUCCAGAUUUCUGCUCCAGUUGGUUGGCAUUCUUUUAGAGGACAUUGUCACGAAGCAGCUGAAAGUGGAAAUGAGUGAACAGCAACACACUUUCUAUUGCCAAGAGCUGGGCACGCUGCUGAUGUGUCUGAUCCACAUCUUCAAGUCUGGAAUGUUCCGGAGGAUCACGGCAGCCGCCACUAGACUCCUCACCAGUGACAGCUCGGACGGCAGCUUCUACGCCCUGGAGGGCCUGAACUCGCAUGUGCGCGCCAUGAUCCCCACCCACCCGUCCCUCGUGUUGCUCUGGUGCCAGCUCCUGCUGCUGGCCAACUACACCGACUACCGCUGGUGGGCCGAGGUGCAGCAGACCCCCAAGAGAUGUAGUCUUUCCAGCACCAAGUUACUCAGCCCUCAGACGCUGGGAGAGGAGGACGAUUCUGACCUGGCAUCCAAGCUGGGGAUGUGCAAUAGAGAGAUAGUGAGAAGAGGGGCGCUCAUUCUCUUCUGUGAUUAUGUUUGUCAGAACCUGCAUGACUCGGAGCACUUGACAUGGCUCAUUGUGAACCACAUUCAGGAUCUCAUCAGCCUGUCCCAAGAGCCUCCGGUUCAGGACUUCAUUAGUGCUGUCCACCGGAAUUCUGCUGCCAGUGGGCUCUUCAUCCAGGCGAUUCAGUCUCGCUGCGAAAACCUUUCAACUCCGACCACGCUGAGGAAGACGCUGCAGUGCCUGGAGGGCAUCCACCUCAGCCAGUCAGGUGCCGUGCUGACGCUGUAUGUGGACCGGCUGCUGUGCACCCCGCUCCGCGUGCUGGCUCGCAGGGUCGACACCCUUGCCUGUCGCCGUGUGGAAAUGCUUCUGGCUGCAAACGCACAGAGCAGCAUGUCUCAGCUGCCACUGGAAGAACUGAACAGGAUUCAGGAGUACCUUCAGAGCAGCGGGCUAGCGCAGAGACACCAAAGGCUCUACUCCCUGCUGGACAGGUUCCGUCUCUCCACCGUCCCUGAGUCACCAAGCCCCUCCCCUCCCGUCACUUCCCACCCGCUGGACAGGGAUGGGCAGAUGUCCCUGGAAACAGUGAGCCCAGAUAAAGACUGGUACAUACGCCUUGUCAAGUCCCAGUGUUGGACCAGGUCAGAUUCCGCGCUGCUGGAAGGCGCAGAGCUGGUGCAUCGGAUCCCUCCCAGCGAGCUGGGUGCAUUCAUGAUGAACCCGGAGUUCAACCUAAGCCUGUUGGCCCCGUGCUUAAGCCUCGGCAUGAGUGAAAUUUCUGGGGGCCACAGGAGCCACCUCUUUGAAACGGCCCGCCUGGUGACUCUGGAGCGUAUGAGCAGCAUCGUCCAGCAGCUCCCCACCACCCAUCAGGUGUUCCAGCCUUUCCUCCCAGCCGAGUCCUCAGCCUACUGGAGCAAGCUGAAUGACCUAUUUGGGGACACAGCGCUGUACCACUCGAUGACCACGUUGGCCCGGGCCCUGGCGCAGUACCUGAUGGUGCUCUCCAUACUGCCCGGCCACCUGCACCUCCCCACCGACAAGGAGCAGGAUGCUGUCAAGUUUGUGGUGAUGAUACUCGAGGCCCUGUCAUGGCAUUUAAUCCACGAGCAGAUGCCGCUGAGCCUGGACCUGCAGGCCGGCCUGGACUGCUGCUGCUUGGCGCUGCAGCGGCAGGGCCUCUGGCUUGUGGUCUCCUCCCCAGAGUUCGUGAGCCACGCCUGCUCCCUCAUCCACUGCGUGCGCUUCAUCCUCGAGGCCAUUGCAGUGCAGCCUGGGGACCAGCUUCUAAGCCCAGAGAGGAGGACCAGUGCGCCAAAGGCCAUCAGAGAGGACAGAGUGGACUCUAACACCCCACAUCGGCAGUCUAUCACCACAGCCUGUGAGAUGGUGGCAGAAAUGGUGGAGGCUUUGCAGUCGGUGCUGGCCCUGGGCCAUAAAAGGAACAGUGGCAUGCCGGCCUUCCUCACGUCAGUGCUCAAGAACAUCGUCAUCAGUCUGGCCCGCCUACCCCUCGUCAACAGCUACACACGGGUCCCGCCCUUGGUGUGGAAGCUCGGGUGGUCACCCAAACCCGGAGGGGACUUUGGCACAGCACUUCCUGAGAUCCCUGUGGAGUUUCUUCAAGAGAAGGAGGUCUUCAAGGAGUUCAUCUAUCGAAUCAAUACACUAGGGUGGACCAGCCGCACCCAGUUUGAGGAAACGUGGGCCACCCUCCUCGGUGUCCUGGUGACGCAGCCCCUCGCCAUGGAGCAGGAGGAGAGCCAACCAGAAGAAGACACAGAGAGGACCCAGAUCAACGUCCUGGCCGUGCAGGCCAUCACCUCCCUGGUGCUGAGCGCCAUGACUGUGCCUAUGGCCGGCAACCCUGCCGUGAGCUGCUUGGAGCAACAGCCCCGGAACAAGCCGCUGAAAGCGCUCGACACCAGGUUUGGGAGGAAGCUGAGUGUUAUCAGAGGAAUUGUAGAGCAGGAAGUUCAAGCAAUGGUUUCCAAGAGAGAGAAUAUCGCCACCCAUCAUUCAUACCAAGCGUGGGACCCUGUCCCUUCUCUGUCUCCAGCUACUACAGGUGCCCUCAUCAGCCAUGACAGGCUCCUGCUCCAGGCCAACCCCGAGCGGGAGCUGGGGAACAUGAGUUACAAGCUCGGCCAGGUUUCAAUACACUCUGUGUGGCUGGGAAACAACAUCACACCCCUGCGAGAAGAGGAGUGGGGUGAGGAGGAGGAGGAGGAGGUUGAUGUGCCCGCGCCUUCCUCACCACCCACAUCGCCUGUCAACUCCAGGAAACACCGGGCUGGGGUGGACAUCCAUUCCUGCUCACAGUUUUUGCUUGAACUGUACAGUCGCUGGGUCCUGCCAUCAAGCUCAGCCAGGAGGACUCCUGUCAUUCUGAUCAGUGAAGUGGUUCGAUCUCUUCUUGUGGUCUCAGACUUGUUCACUGAGCGCAGCCAGUUUGAGAUGAUGUAUGCGACGCUGACGGAGCUGCGGAGGGUACACCCUUCAGAAGAUGAGAUUCUCAUUCAGUAUCUGGUGCCGGCCACGUGCAAAGCAGCUGCUGUCCUGGGCAUGGACAAGGCCGUGGCCGAGCCAGUCAGCCGUCUGCUGGAGAGCGCCCUCCGGAGCAGCCACCUGCCCAGCCGGAUCGGCGCCCUGCACGGCAUGCUCUACGUGCUCGAGUGUGACCUGCUGGACGAUACCGCCAAGCAGCUCAUCCCCGUCAUCAGCGACUACCUGCUCUCCAACCUCAAGGGCGUCGCCCACUGCGUGAAUGUCCAUAGCCAGCAGCAUGUCCUGCUGAUGUGUGCCACCGCCUUCUACCUGAUCGAGAACUACCCCCUGGACGUGGGGCCCGAGUUUUCUGCCUCCAUCAUACAGAUGUGCGGCGUGAUGCUAUCGGGCAGCGAGGAGUCCACCCCGUCGGCCGUGUUCCACUGCGUCCUGCGGGGCCUGGAGCGUCUCCUCCUCUCGGAGCAGCUCUCGCGGCUGGAUGCUGAGUCCUUGGUCAAGCUGAGCGUCGACCGUGUCAGUGUGCACAGCCCGCAUCGCGCCAUGGCCGCCCUGGGCCUGAUGCUCACCUGCAUGUACACAGGGAAGGAGAAAGUCAGCCCGGGGAGGUCGACAGAUCCCACCCCCGCGGCCCCGGACAGUGAGUCGGUGAUCGUGGCCAUGGAGCGGGUGUCUGUCCUUUUCGACAGGAUCCGGAAGGGCUUUCCCUGUGAAGCCAGAGUGGUGGCCCGGAUCCUCCCGCAGUUUCUGGACGACUUCUUCCCACCCCAGGACGUCAUGAACAAGGUCAUCGGGGAGUUUCUAUCCAACCAGCAACCGUACCCCCAGUUCAUGGCCACUGUCGUGUACAAGGUGUUCCAGACGCUGCACAGCACGGGGCAGUCAUCCAUGGUACGGGACUGGGUGAUGCUCUCGCUCUCCAACUUCACGCAGCGGACGCCUGUGGCCAUGGCCGUGUGGAGCCUCUCCUGCUUCUUCGUCAGCGCCUCCACCAGCCCCUGGGUGUCAGCGGCCCUCCCGCACGUCAUCAGCAGGAUGGGCAAGCUGGAGCCAGUGGAUGUGAACCUCUUCUGCCUGGUCGCCACCGACUUUUAUCGACACCAGAUAGAGGAGGAGCUCGACCGCAGGGCCUUCCAGUCUGUGUUCGAGGUGGUAGCAGCCCCGGGAAGCCCGUACCACCGGCUGCUGACGUGUUUGCGGAACGUCCACCAGGGCGCCACGGGCUGAGGCUGGGGAGCGGCCAGUGAGGAGGGGCAGCGGGGACAGUGGAGCGGCCGUUCCGGGCAGCUUCCACCUCGCCAGCGCGGGGCCGGUCGGCCGCUGUGUCCUCUGCCCGUUGCGGCGAGAGGACCACGCAGGGAAUGCGGGCG